CUCAAAUUGUGCAUCAUUUCUUACAAAAAUACCUUAAUUUUUUCUUCACUCUCAGAGUAGAUUAUAAAUGGGAAAAGAUUUUUCUGUUCAUGAAUUUACCGAUGCAUCCCCUCCCAAAAAGCUCAAACUUUUCGGUUUCGAGCUUAAUCCACAUGAAAAUCCUUCUGCAGAAAGGGAUGAAAGUGUAAAUUCAUCGUCGUCUUCCUCUAUUGUGACAAAUCAAAAACAUGUUUCGGAAGCGAAAAGUUCAACAGAUGACAAAAAAUUCGUGUGCCAAUUUUGUUAUAAGGAAUUUGCAAAUUCACAAGCAUUGGGAGGCCAUCAAAAUGCCCACAAAAAGGAGAGAAUGAGAAAAAAAAGGCUGCAGCUUCAAGCAAGAAAAGCCAGUAUUAGUUAUUUCACUCAACCUUUUCAAAAUAGCCAUUACUUCAAUUUCCAUCGCUCGGGAUUUGCGAUUUACCAGGAGUCGCAAAUCAACUCCCACCCCUACAAUUGUAGAGUGGAGGCUGAUAUCAACGGCCACGAGAUUUCCAUGUCCGCUGCUGCCGCGGCCCUGCCUGCACAAGAUAAACACUCCAGGUUCACUCUUACACACGCAGGCAAAUCAAGAACCACCAAGCUUGUCAGCAACCCUUCUUAUUUGCCUAGUUCUAAGCAGAAAUUCGAAUGUUUAGAUCUCCAGUUAGGUUUGAGCUUUUGUUCCAGGCGCCACUAGAUAAGAUUUGAAAUCAUUAUUUAUGGUUAGUUUGAAGUUGAGCAAUAACAUACAUAAAAUUUGUAGUUUCA